CUUUUCUCACUUUAUAGUUUUUAAAGGACUUUUUUCAUUUACUAUUAGUAUUACUUUUAUUAUUAUUAUAACUUAUUUAUGGAUAAAGCGGCACGAAAAAAACUCAACUUGAAGGCCAUUAGACGAUAUGACCCAGCUAUUGUGAAUAUACUUGAUCAAAGUCCUCAUGCUGUACUUUAUUAUUUUUCAAAUGAAAAACGCGAAUGGGUGAAAAAGUCUGUUGAAGGAGUCUUAUUUUUGGUACAAAGAAAAAUACCACCUUAUUUUGCUGUAUAUAUUAUGAACAGAUUGGCUAUGGAAAACUAUACUUUAUAUUUAACUGACUUUGAUGAUAUGGAUCUACAACAAAACUUUAUUAUUUAUUCAACAAGUGAUGGUGAACGAUAUGCAUUUUGGCUCUAUGAAGAAGGUGAUAGACAAAGACUUUUGACCAAGAUUACAAAAUUACAUGAUGGUAUUAAGAAAGAACUUUCAGCAAAAUCAAAUCAAAAAGCGACGACAACAACAAAUGUAUCUAUGCCUGAACCCUCUGUUCCUAAUCAACCGAAUCAAUUAUCCUCAUCAUCGUCAACAUCACCUCGGGAUUCAACAAAAGAUCUAUGGGCGCUAUUAACUAGAAACUUACCUGUUCACCAUCAUCCUCCCAAUGAAUAUGGUCCUGAACGAACGGAACAACCAUCAUCCAAACCAUCACCAACUAUUUUACAAUCGUUCUCGGAUACACAACGAAAUCAUGGGACAUCACUUCCUCCAUCUGGCCAUAAUGACGCUUCUUGUGAUUUUAUCUUACCAUCUGCUAAACUCAUGCAACCUCAAUCGAAUGAUACUUCCGAUAGUGCUCGAUUAAUGGAUUUAUUGAAAAAAGGAACAAUGGAGAAUGAUACUCAACGACAAUCUCAUGGACCUUCUCCUCCAUCUCAGCAACAUGUACAACCUCCUGGAGAUAAUGGUAAUAGAUUAUUGGAAUUAUUGAAAAGGGCUACUGUGGAUGACAAGAUACAGCACAUGCCUUCUCCACCAUUACCUCCUGCUUCCUUGGGUUAUGGUACUUUACCUGUUCACUACAAUCAACAAAUGGGUCAUCCUCCAACGACAACCUCAUCUCUUCCUCAUCCUUCAGCUUCUUCCUCUACUCCCAACACAAACAAUACUAUGCCUCCUCCUCAUAUAUUAUUUGGGAAAGAAUUGACCAAAGCAUAUCAACCAGCUAUACCUAUGAUGGAUCCUCGACAUCAACAACAACAACAACAACAACCUCAUCAUCAACCAUCACCAAGAAAUUCAGCAUCAUUAUUACAGGCUCUUCAAGGUGGGAUGAUCGGUGGACAUUCUUCUCAAUCCAAUUUAGGUCCAAUAAGCAAUAUACACCAGCAACAACAAGGUUACUCUUCAGCUACAUCUUCUAUUGCAGCAUUACAUGGUUCACCUGGUCCAACUCUUUCAUCUUCUACUACUUCAGCAUCAUCCUUUAAUGGUGUCAACGUCAUGGAUCAACAACAACAGCCAUUGCAGCAACAUCCAAGGGCCGAUAUCGAUAUUCGCAUGCAAUCGAGACGGAAAAAGAUGGUGACAAAAGAAGAAUAUACUCAGGCUAUUGUGGAUCAUCUCAAGAAUCGUGGUCUCUUUGAUCUUUUAUACCGGUUUUACAAGGAAGAUAGGAAAAUAGAAAACUUUAGUAUAAAUAUUAAUGUUUCAACGGAUGAUUAGUUUUAGCUUGUUUAGUUUUCCCCUGCCUUUUUAUUCAUUGACUCAAAUGUUUUCCGUAUCAUGAAUAAAAUGGAUUAGAUGAUGACCGACCAUCAACCUAGGCGGCGUUUAAAUGUAA